AUGAAAAUAUUACAGUUUAAUCAGGAUGCUACUUGUUGUGUAGUAUCGCCAUCUGACAACAUGGUGAACAUAUACAAUUGUGACCCAUUUGGGAAAUGUUUUGAAUUUAAUACGAGAAAUGAUAACAACAAUAAUACAGAAAAUACUAGUGGAGAAAGUAAUUCUAAUAAUAUGACGCUUGGAGGGACUGGUGAUGAUGAGGGAAAUGCAAUUGAUCACAUCAAACAAAACAAUAUCAAUCAAUCAAUUACUAAUGAUGAUUCAUUUGUAGUGGAAAUGUUGUUUUCUACUAGUCUAGUGGCCAUUUGUGAUAGGAACCAAGGUCCCAUAAAAAGUAAAAGAUUAAAGAUUGUUAAUACUAAACGAAAAUCAAUAAUAUGCGAGCUUGUAUUCCCUCAUGAAAUUGUAGAUGUUGCAAUGAAUAGAAAGAGAAUGUGCAUCCUCUUAGAAAAUGAUCAAAUAAUUAUUUAUGAUAUAUCGUGUAUGAAACCAUUGGAGACUAUCGAUCUUUGGGAGAACCCAAAGUUAAGUACGACAAAUGGUACAACUGACUCUACAGACGACUCACAACGGAAUGUCACACAGCUUCAAGUAAAUGAUUAUUCAAAAAAGAGAAGAAACUCCCUGACAAGUAAGAUUCGCCCUCGAAUCGUUCUGAGUAAUGACGACAGAAGUAUAUUGUGUUAUACGUCUUUUAGUAUGUCCAAUAGUAAAUCUGGUUCUUACUUAAUAAAUGAUAUAGUGGUAUAUGAUGCAUUAAAUAUCAAGCCGAUAAACUAUAUUAAUAACGUCCAUAAAGGGAAUAUAUCAUGUUUAGCUAUAAACAAUGAUGGGAAACUUUUGGCCACAGCUUCAGAAAAAGGAACUAUCGUUAGAGUAUUCAGUACUGGUAUCGAUGUGGAUUUCAGUUCUGGCAAACAACUGCAAUAUGAAUUCAGAAGAGGAACAAGACCUUCAAACAUAUAUCAACUAAUAUUCAAUAAAACAUCGACCUUAGUCGGGUGUGUUGGUGAUACAGAUACGAUUCAUUUAUUCUCGCUCACGCAAACAAGCAUGGAUAAUGAUAUAUCAGUGCAAGAUAAUGUCACUCCUGCUCAUGUAGAACAAGAAAACAAUGAUAUAAGUACAUCAAGCCUUUCUUCAGGAAUAAAAAACUCGACUGAAAGACCAAAGCAAUUUGCCAACUUCUUGUCGAAAAAGAUUAAAGCUUCCAUAUCGAAUAAAAGUAUUAGUCGUGAUUUUGUUCAUAUAAAAGUAGAAGAAAAUGCAAAAUAUUGCAUAGGAUUUCCAAAUGAGUAUCCAAAAGAGAUAUAUGUUAUAGGGAAUGACGGCUUAUUUUUAAUAUAUGCAAUCCCUACGAACCCUGGAGAAUGUGUAUUAUCCAAAUCUAGUAAAUUUGAAUGA